CCCAUGGCUGGCCAGGACCCUGCGCUGAAUAAAAGUCACCCGUUCUAUGAUGUGGCCAGACAUGGCAUUCUGCAGGUGGCAGGGGACGACCGCCUGGGGAGACGCAUUGUCACGUUCAGCUGCUGCCAGACCCCGUCGCACCAGCUCAACCACCAGCAGCUGCUAGAGUAUUUGAAGUACACACCGGACCAGUACGUGGAGACCGAUUACACCAUCAUCUAUUUCCAUUAUGGCCUCAACAGCCAGAACAAACCGUCCCUGGGCUGGCUCCAGAGUGCCUACAAGGAGUUUGACAGGAAGUACAAGAAGAACCUGAAGGCACUGUUUGUGCACCCCACCAGCUUCAUCAGGGUGCUGUGGAAUAUCUUCAAACCGCUCAUCAGUCACAAGUUUGGGAAAAAAGUCACCUAUUUCAGCUACUUGAGCGAGCUCCACGAACACCUCCAGUGGGACCAGCUGCUCAUCCCUCCAGAAGUCCUACAGUAUGACGAGAAGCUCCGGAACCUGCACGACGGCCGGCCUCCCCCUCCCACAAAGAUGCCACCACCACGGCCGCCCCUGCCCGCCCAGCAGUUUGGUGUCAGUCUGCAAUACCUCAAAGACAAAAACCAAGGGGAGUUCAUCCCCCCUGUGCUGAGGUUCACGGUGACGUACCUGACAGAGAAAGGGUUGCACGCCGAGGGUCUGUUCCACAGAUCGGCCAGCGCCCAGACCAUCCGCCAGGUCCAGAGGCUGUACGAUCAAGGGAAGCCGGUGGACUUUGAUGACUACGGGGACAUCCAUGUGCCAGCCGCGAUCCUGAAGACCUUCCUGCGGGAGCUGCCCCAGCCACUGCUGACCUUCGAGGCCUAUGAGCAGAUCCUCGGCAUCACCAGUGUGGAGAGCAGCCUGCGUGUGAGUCACUGUCGUCAGAUCCUGCGGGGCCUCCCUGAGCACAACUGCUACCUCAUGGGCUUCCUGCACGAGGUGUCCCAGGAGAGCAUUGUCAACAAAAUGAACAGCUCCAACCUGGCCUGUGUGUUCGGGCUGAACUUGAUCUGGCCAUCCCAGGGGGCAGCCUCCCUGAACACCACUGAACCUGUUCACCGAGCUGCCGAUGAGUAUUACGGAAAGCUCUUCAGCCCUCAGGAAGCCCCGGGGCAUGCCCCAAGCUCCGAGGAAGCAAGUGAACAGAAAGGCCCUGUUGCCAGAGGUUGUCCUGGAACGGGUGCACCCCAGGCAUCGUCACCCUUGUCCCGCCUCCGUGUCCCCUGACAGUGGCUGAGAGACACCUCUUGUGUUGGAAAUGUCCUUUUGGAGUCCACGUCCAUCAUCAUUGGACAUUUUGUAACCUUGCCAUCUCUGAAAAUAACACAGCAUUCAAUGAACUCAUAGCCUUCUAGAAAGAAUGUCCCUCUGACUCGGGUCUUCCGCAAUGUUUCUAGGCUGUGGUUGGAAUAAAAGGAUGG